CCUGCGGAGAGGCAGCAUCGCCGUGUGGGCGGUCUCACCCUUUGAGUCAGUUUCUGGGGUGGUCGCUAGGGUGUGAGAAAACAACUGGGAAAAGUGUUUAGAGGGCCGGUUACUCGGAGAAAUAGUAAGUGGGAGGAAACGCUGAAACACUAAUGUUUUAACAGUAUUACAUUGUAAUUCCCCGGCUAUGGAGAUUGGAAGAAGCUUAUCCUGAAGAUGAAGAGGAGCUCCACAGUGCAACAGAUUGUUUAAGGAAGAGGACUAAUUUUGUACACAUAGUAUUUACUACCUUUUAAUAAUUGGAUCAGAAGAUGAACCCAACCAAUCCUUUCAGUGGGCAGCAGCCUACUGCAUUUCCAGCAUCUUCUGGUAGUUCCAUAGGAGCGUUUCAGACUAAGCCUCCAUUUCAAUUUGGUCAGCCUUCUCUUUUUGGACAAAACAAUACGUUAUCUGGGAAGAGCUCAGGAUUUUCACAGGUACCCAGCUUUCCAGCGUCUUCUGGAGUAAGUCAUUCCUCUUCAGUGCAAACAUUGGGAUUCACCCAAACCUCAAGUGUUGGACUCUUUUCUGGCCUCGAACACACUCCCACUUUUGUAGCUACUUCUGGGCCUUCAAGGUCAUCUGUGCCUGGAAACCCAGGAUUUAGUUUUAAAUCACCCACCAACCUUGGGGUUUUCCCAAGUACUUCUACUUUUGGAUCAGAAGCUGCAGAAAUAGCAAGCUCUGGUUUUGGGAAAACAGAAUUCGGCUUUAAACCUCUAGAAAAUGCAGUGUUCAGACCAAUAUUGGGGGCUGAAUCUGAGCCAGAAAAAACCCAGAGCCAAAUUACUUCUGGGUUUUUCACAUUUUCCCACCCAAUUAGUAGUGGACCUGGGGGCCUGGCCCCUUUUCCUUUUCCUCAGGUAACAAGUAGCUCAUCUACCAAUUCAAAGUUCACCUUUUCAAAACCAGUUAAUAGUAGUAAUUCAUCAUCUGCCUUUACCCCUGCUUUGUCAAACCAAAAUGUAGAGGAAGAGAAGAGAGGACCUAAAUCAAUAUUUGGAAGUUCUAAUAGUAGCUUCAGUAGCUUCCCCAUAUCAUCUUCUGGGUCUUUGAGUGAACCCUUCCCAGUUAGCAAAACAGGUAUCAGACAAGGGUGUGAAGAAAUUGCUUCCCAGAUGGAGCCAUUUCCUAGCCUCGCGAAAGGACUGAAAAGGAAAGAGGACCAGGAUCGCUCCCCAAGGAGACACAGCCAUGAGACUGCUGAAGACUCAGACCCCCUGUCCAGGGGUGAUCAUCCUCCGGAUAAACGACCUGUCCGCCUGAAUCGACCCCGGGGAGGCACUUUGUUUGGUCGGACAAUACAGGAUGUUUUCAAAAGCAAUAAAGAAGUAGGUCGUCUGUGCAACAAGGAAUCUAAAAAAGAAAUUGGCUUUGUUGAGUCUGGGGAAAGUGACAAUGUGGCCAUCCCAGGAGGGAGUCAGUCUGUCCUGGUACCUUCCCGGCUCCCGGGUGUGAAUAAAGAGGAAGAAACUGAAAGUAGAGAUAAAAAAGAAGAUUCUCUGAGAGGAACUCCUGUGUGUCAGAAUAAAAGAAGAGAGAGCACAGAUAGUCUUGGGGGCUUAUCUGCCUCUGAAGUCACAGCCAUCCAGUGCAAAAACAUCCCUGACUAUCUCAACGACAGAACCACUCUGGAGAACCACUUUGGCAAAAUCGCUAAAGUGCAGCGCAUCUUUACGAGGCGCAGCAAAAAGCUUGCAGUGGUGCAUUUUUUUGAUCAUGCAUCUGCAGCCCUGGCUAGAAAGAAGGGGAAAGGUUUGCAUAAAGACAUGACUAUCUUUUGGCACAAGAAGAAAAUAAGUCCCAACAAGAAACCCUUUUCCCUGAUGGAGAAGAAACUGGGUGAUGGUGAAGCGAGCCAGACCACAGAGAGCUUGCCCUUCCAACACUCCCCUCUUGGCAAGCCCGUGGUAAGGGCUGCAGCCAGCAGCCUCCUGAGUAAAAGCUCUCCUGUGAAGAAGCCAAGUCUUCUAAAGGCCCAACAGUUUGAGGGAGACCUUUUUGACUCUGGCUCUGAGGGCUCCGAGGGUCUCGGGCCGUGUGUGCCGUCCCUCAGUACCCUGAUAGGCACUGUGGCUGAGACAUCUGAGGAGAAGUACCGCCUGCUCGACCAGAGAGACCGGGUCAUGCGGCAAGCUCGGGUGAAAAGAACUGAUUUGGACAAAGCAAGGACUUUUGUUGGGACGUGCCUGGAUAUGUGCCCUGAGAAGGAGCGGUACAUGCGGGAGACACGGAGCCAGCUGAGUGUGUUCGAAAUGGUCCCAGGGACUGACCAGGUGGACCACGCAGCGGCUGUAAAGGAAUACAGCCGGUCCUCGGCUGAUCAGGAGGAGCCCCUGCCACAUGAGCUGCGGCCCUCUGCAGUGCUCUGCAGGACCAUGGACUACCUGGUGACCCAGAUCAUGGACCAGAAGGAGGGCAGCCUGCGGGACUGGUACGACUUCGUGUGGAAUCGCACACGGGGCAUACGGAAGGACAUCACACAGCAGCACCUCUGCGACCCCCUGACGGUGUCCCUGAUUGAGAAGUGUACCCGAUUUCACAUCCACUGUGCCCACUUCAUGUGUGAGGAGCCCAUGUCCUCCUUUGAUGCCAAGAUCAACAAUGAGAACAUGACCAAGUGCCUGCAGAGUCUGAAGGAGAUGUACCAGGACCUGAGAAACAGGGGUGUCUUCUGUGCCAGUGAAGCAGAGUUCCAAGGCUAUAAUGUUUUGCUCAAUCUCAACAAGGGGGACAUCCUAAGAGAAGUACAACAGUUCCACCCUGCUGUUAGGAACUCCUCUGAGGUGAAAUUUGCUGUUCAGGCUUUUGCUGCGUUGAAUAGUAAUAAUUUUGUGAGAUUUUUCAAACUGGUCCAGUCAGCUUCUUACCUGAACGCUUGUCUUUUACACUGUUACUUUCAUCAGAUCCGCAAGGAUGCUCUCCGAGCGCUUAACAUCGCGUACACCGUGAGCACCCAGCGGUCCACUGUCUUUCCUCUGGACGGCGUAGUGCGCAUGCUGCUGUUCAGAGACAGUGAAGAGGCAGCAGAUUUCCUCAGCCACCACGGUCUCGCUGUCUCUGAUGGCUACGUCGAGCUGAACCGGUCUGCAUUCCUGGAACCGGAGGGAUUAUCCAAGGCCAGGAAGUCAGUGUUUGUUACCAGGAAGCUGACGGUGUCAGUUGGAGAAAUCGUGAAUGGAGGUCCAUUGCCCCCUGUCCCUCGUCACAUCCCUGUGUGCAGCUUCAAUGCUCAGAACAAGUACAUUGGGGAGAGCCUGGCCACAGAGCUGCCGGUCACUGCCCAGAGACCCAGCUUGGAGGUGGCAGGUGGUGGGAGAGGAGAGGAGGCUGGUGCAGAGCUGGACACGCCUGCAGCUGGUCUUCUCCCACAGCCUCUUCCUGCUCCCGCACCCUCGCAGGCAUCUCUGCUUUAUGUCCCGGCACUGACCCCGCCCGUGGCACCGAGCCUCGUCCAGCCCUCCGCACAGUCAGAGCUGCUUCCUUCAAAGCCCAUGCCCCUGUACUCUGAUGCGGACCUGGCGCAGGUGGUGGAUGAACUCAUCCAGGAGGCUCUUCAGAGGGACUGUGAGGAAGUCAGCACUGCAGGGGCGGCCUAUGCAGCCGUAGCCCUGGGUGUUUCUAAUGCUGCUGUGGAGGAUCUAUUGACAGCUGCAACCACGGGCAUUUUGAGGCACAUUGCAGCUGAAGAAAUGACUAAGGAAAGACAGCGAAGAGAGGAGGAGAGGCGGCGGGCAGAGGAGGAGAGGUUGAAACAAGAGAGAGAACUGGUGUUAACUCAGCUGAGCCAGGGCCUGGCUGCAGAGCUGACGGAACUCAUGGUGAUGGAGUGCGUAAGGGAAACCUGCUCCCAGGAGUUGAAGAGUGCAAUGGAGACAGACCAGAGGAGCCGCAUGGCCCGUUGCUGUGAGGAUGUCUGUGCCCACCUGGUGGACUUGUUUCUCGUGGAGGAAAUUUUCCAGACUGCAAAGGAGACACUCCAGGAACUUCAGUGUUUCUGCAAGUAUCUGCAGCGGUGGAGGGAAGCCGUUGCAGCCCGGAAGAAACUGAGGCGCCAGAUGCGGACCUUCCCUGCAGCACCCUGCUGUGUGGAUGUGAACAACCGCCUGAGGGCACUGGCGCCCAGUGCAGAAUGCCCUAUUGCUGAGGAGAACCUGGCCAGGGGCCUCCUGGACCUGGGCCAUGCAGGAAAAGUGGGCAUCUCCUGCACCAGGUUACAGUGGCUCAGGAACAAGACAGCUCACCAGAUGAAGGUCCAGCACUUCCACCAGCAGCUGCUGAGUGAUGCAGCGUGGGCGCCUCUGGACCUGCCAUCCCUCGUGGCCGACCACCUCCCUGGGAGGCAGGAGCAUGUGUUUUGGAAGUUGGUUCUGGUGUUGCCAGAUGGAGAAGAGCAGUCCCCAGGGAGUGUCAGCAGAAUUCUAGCAAAUUGGUUAAAAGUCAAGUUCAUGGGAGGUGAUGGCUUAGUGGAUGACAUGUGCAGUGAGGCUGGUGGGAUUGGGACACUCGCGCUUUUUAAUGCGCUCAGCAGCAAAGAGGAUCAGAUAGUUUCUGUCAACGUGUGUAUAAAGGUGGCCCAUGGUGCACUCAGUGAUGGUGCUCUUGAUGCUGCGGAGACACAGAAGGACCUCCUGGGAGCCAGUGGGCUCAUGCUGCUGCUGCCCCCCAAAGUGAAGAGCGAGGACAUGGCAGAGGAGGAUGUGUACUGGCUCUCGGCCUUGCUGCAGCUCAAGCAGCUCCUGCAGGCCAAGCCCUUGAAGCCUUCACUGCCACUGGUGGUUCUCAUGCCCAGCCCCGGAGGGGACGCCAUCGAGAAGGAAGUGGAGGAUGGUCUGAUGCUACAGGAUUUGGUUUCAGCUAAGCUGAUUUCAGAUUACACUGUUAUUGAGAUCCCUGAUUCUAUUAAUGAUUUACAAGGCACAACUAAGGUUUCUCAGGCAGUGCAGUGGCUGGUCUCCCGCAGCCCCUGUGCCCUUGACCUUUGCUGCCAGACCCUCAUUCAGUAUGUUGAAGACGGGGUUAGCCAUGAGUUUAGUGGCCGGUUUUUCCAUGACAGAAGAGAGAGGCGCCUGGGUGGCCUGGCCUCACAGGAGCCUAGUGCCAUCGUUGAGCUGUUCAACACUGUACUGCAGUUCCUGGCAUCUGUAGUGUCCUCUGAGAAGCUGUGUGACCUGUCCUGGCCUGUCACCGAGUUUGCUGAGGUGGGGGGCACCCGGCUCCUUCCUCACCUGCGCUGGAAUGCCCCGGAGCACCUUGCCUGGCUGAAGCAGGCAGUGCUUGGGUUCCAGCUUCCACAGAUGGACCUCCCACCUCCAGGGGCCCCUUGGCUUCCCGUGUGCUCCAUGGUCAUCCAGUACGCCUCUCAGAUCCCCAGCUCACGCCAGACGCAGCCCAUCCUCCAGUCCCAGGUGGAGAACCUGCUCUAUAGAACGUACUGCAGGUGGAAGAGCAAGAACCCCUCCCCAGGCCAUGGGGUAGGGCCCUCGGUCGCUGAGAUCCCGUGGGACGAUGUUGUCGCCUUGUGUAUCAACCACAAGCUGAGGGACUGGACGCCCCCCCGGCUUCCCAUCACGUCAGAGGCACUGAGUGAAGAUCAUCAGAUAUGUGUGUAUUUUUUUAAAAAUGAUUUGAAAAAAUAUGACAUUCCCUUGUUGUGGGAACGAGCCAGAUUGCAGACGCAGAGGGAGCUACAGUUGCGUCAGGGACGUUUGGGGAUAAAGUCUCUUCACCCUUCUGCAAAAAACUUCCCCACUCCGUUGCUUCGUGUGCACUGUAAAGGGAAGAGGAGCGCUGACUGUGGCCAGGAGGGGAGGAUUCCCAGUGCCGAGGAUCUGAUGCGAGGAGCUUCUGCUGAGGAACUCCUGGCGCAGUGUCUGUCAAGCAGUCUGCUGCUGGAGAAAGAGGAGAACAAGAGGUUUGAAGAUCAACUUCAGCAGUGGUUGUCUGAAGACUCGGGAGCAUUUACAGAUUCUACUUCCCUUCCCCUCUACCUUCCUCAGACUCUAGUGUCACUUCCUCAGACUAUCGAACCUGUGAUGGAAACAUCUACAACUACUAGGCCACAGAGCGAAAGGACAGGGGAGCGACUGCAGCUGUCAGAGGCAACAGGCACAUCUCUGACUGAACGGCUGAAGCACCUGGAAAGGCUGAUCCAGAGUUCAAGGAAUGAGGAAGUUGCAUCUGAGCUUCAGCUCUCUGCACUGCUGGACGUGGUCGACAUUUGAGCAGCCUGACCUGAGGGAAGGGCGUCUCUCCAGAAGAGUUUCUGCUUUUACUCAAAAUAAUGUUAUUCUCAGAUGCUUGAUGCACUGUUGGAAAUGUGAUUAUUAAUCAUGCAAAUAAACCAUUCAGAUGUCCA